AUGUCUGUCAUCGACGAUGUCACUGCAAGUUUUGCAACGUCCCUGGCCCUUGCCGGAGGUGAUGUUGUCGAUCUCUCCCACAUGGCUGAGGCCAACGUGAGGCGAGGUUCUCAGGCCUAUCUACUUGCAAGGUCUCUGACGGCGAAACCUUUUGGUGGAGCCUAUCUCCAGCGGCAUCUCCGCCGCGUUUGGGUGUUAGAACAAGGUUUCAAGGUUCAGGACCGAUCCCAAAACCGCUUUGUGAUUGCUUUCGAUCUUAGGAAAGACAAAAACAAGGUUAUCAAGGGAGGUCCCUGGUACUUUAACAGAGCUCCAAUCAUAAUGCAAGACUAUGAUGGGCUCUCCUCGCUGCAAUCGAUCAAUCUGAACACGUUGUAUUUCUGGGUGAAGAUUACCAACAUCCCACUAGCGUUCGAGGUCAAGGAAACCAUCAUCAAUGUCGCCUCGAUUGCGGGCAGAUUUCUGGAGUUUGAUCGUAGGUUGUUUGAUACAACAGGUACAAUUCGGGUUCAUGUAGCCCAUGAUAUCACAAAACCCUUCUUUCUCAAGAAAACCAUCAAGCUAGCUCCGGGGGUGAUAGAGGAAAUUACCUUCUUCUAUGAAAACCUAAUUGGAAGAUGUCGAAAAUGUAAUCUUAUUUUCCAUGAAGCCGGAACCUGCUUGAUAGCUACUCCUCCCAAGACUAAACCGAUUGCAGCUUCUCCCAAACACAUGAACCUGGUGAACUCCUUCCUUGGCUUUAAGGAGCCACUGUUCACUAAUGGCCUUUUUAAAUUUCAAGGUACACAAAUGUAG